GGGGCCCGGCGGACGACCUCGGCGCCACCGGCGACCAGGGCAGCAACGGGAAGAGCAGCGCUCCGCGUCGUCUGUCUGGAAGGAGGCCGCUCCCCGACGGGGCCGCGGGCGGCGGCGGGAAGCGGGCCCGCACGGCGUCGCCGCGGGCGCGCACGGGGGAAGGCGACGCGCCCGCCGAGGAGGAGCAGGAGGAGGAGGCCGACGCGUCGUCGCAGAGCUCCGACGGCUGCGGCCUGGAGGACGCCGCGCCCCCGGAGCCCGGCGCGGGCGGCGAGGACGCCUGCGACCCGAGCGUGUGGCGGCGCCACCUCCGGGAGCUCCGCGGGGGCGGCGGCCCGCGGGGGCCGCCUUUGGCGGCGCGCGCGGAGGGGAGCCGGCCCGGGCCGGAGGAGCUCGUGCGCCUGGCGCGGCUGGCGGUGGAGGAGGGCGACCUCGAGGCCAUCGCGGCCCCCGAGGUGCUGCCGAAGCCUCGGGACGUGGCGGCCGCCGUAGAUCGGCUCCUCCCGGCGGAGUGCUGCGCCCUCACCGCGGCCUGCUGCGAGCGGUUCCUGCUGAAGCCGCGGGAGCGCAACGCGUGCGGCAGUUGGCUGACCCAGGUGUUGGAUCGCAGGGGAGAGUCGCUCGUCAGGGGUCCCGAGCUGAGGAACGCUCUCAAGCAGCUGGGCAGGGGCAGCGUGCGCGGGCACAGGCCCUGCAGCAGCGCGCGGGUGCAGGAGGCGCUCGCUCGGUGGACGCUGAUCGCCGAGCUGUCGGGGCGUCGUGCUGCCGAGGAUGACGCGGCCGCGGCCCAGGAUGCCACGGAGGUGCCGGGCGCAGGAUGGUGCACGGACCCGCCUCGCCUCGGCCGGGAGGGCGCACGUGCGCGGGCCGUUGCGCUCCGCGCGCGCGCGUGCCAGCAGAGGGAGCGCCUCCCCGCGGAGCGCCUCCCAGCGGCGUUCCUGCGGUUCCUGAAGCUGGCCCGGUACUUCUCGGGCUGGCAGCUGCUAUUCCGGGCGCUGGCGGACAGUGCCACCGCGCUGCGCAUCCCGCUGUUUUUCCUCUGCCUGAUCGUGAUGCUGGGCUCGUCGCUGCUGUACAUCUUCGAGGCGGUUCACGACGGCGACCCCGAGUCCUUGGACGGCCUGGAUGACGCCGAGCUCUUCGACAGGUUGGCGGAGGGUCUUGUGACUGUUCGAACGCUGAUGGACGCAGUUCACUUCAGCGUCGUCUGUGCGCCACGCUCAGAGGAAGCCUUCACAGGAGACGAGGACGAGGAGUGUUGUGCGAUUGUUGCGUGGUGGAAGGACAGGAGGCCGCCUACUGACUUCGGCAACCGCCUGCGGUCGCCUGCUAUGCCCUGGACGUGCGUGAACGCCUGGGGGCUAUUGUGA